AGAGGAUACAUGAAUUUAUUAAUUCACUUUUCUUAAUUUUUUUCAGCUGUUCGCGAGGGAAGCAACAAUUCGCGUUAAAUGAAAUGAAAUGAAUGGAAAGGAAAUGAAUUUUUCUCAAAACAAAAAAAAAUAUAGGAAUUUUAGGCGCGGAAAAAAGAUGAUAAGAGAUUAUAAGGAAUGGAAAAAAAAGGAAAAAUGGAGUUUCCACAACUCUUCGAGCACGCAGGAGCCACGCCCAGGACACUCGCGGCGGACAUCUUUAAUAUCUCACUUUACCCUCCACACCCCUUUGCGCAAUAAAAACUACUCGAGGGGGUUUAUUGAUCAAAAAGUGCUGAAAUAUCAUCAACUCUCCCACUGAUAUGUUAUUUUGUCAUUGGUUACAAGGAUUCAUUCAUUUAAACUUCAAUGAUGUUUAAAAUAAGGAGUGAGUGUACGUGAUGCAAUUAGAAAUUCAAACGAAGGGUGAAACUCGUCGCCUCCUGAGCAUCAAGGCUUUGAUGUUUAUUGAACUCCAGAAAUUGCGUUUGGUCUCUCUCCUCCAUCCUACGCCACUGUCGCAAACUAGGAUGAUGAUGAAACCAAAGGGGCUUAUUGCAAUCGUGAGGAAGAGUAAUUGGAAAUGUAUAAAGAGAGAUCUAAUUUCAUAUAUACACAGAGGAGGAACAUACAUUGCAUUUAAAGAAACACAACAUACACGCAUAUCGCAUAGGAAUAUCAUUUUAUCGAUUUAACAAAACCAAGGAAACCGACUUAGCUGGCCAAAUGUCCCCAAGUUUUUUGGGGAACCUGAAUCGUCAUCUUUUGCAAGCCAACAGUGUUGUCCUCGUCCUGCCGGUUUAAAUAUGUCGGAUAACGAGUCUGAGAGCGAGGACAGUGAGGCGGAAGGUGGUCUUGGAAAUGUGAAUAAAUUAGUGAUACGUCCACCAGGUCACAGUGGAAAGGCAAAGAAAGGACAUCUUUGUUUUGACGCUUCUUUUGAAACUGGAAAUCUUGGUAGAGUUGAUCUUGUCUCUGAAUUUGAAUACGAUCUUUUUAUACGGCCUGACACCUGUAGUCCACGCCUAAGGCUUUGGUUUAAUUUCACCGUUGAUAAUGUGAGAUCUGAUCAAAGAGUAAUAUUUAAUAUUGUCAAUAUUUCAAAAAGUAAAAAUUUAUUUCGCAAUGGAAUGACGCCACUUGUUAAAAGUAGUAGCCGACCAAAAUGGCAAAGAAUACCAAUGAGACAAGUAUUUUAUUAUAAAUCGGCACAACAUCAAAAUCAUCAUAUUUUAAGUUUUGCAUUUGCAUUUGAUCGUGAGGAUGAGGCAUAUCAAUUUUGUCUAACUUAUCCAUAUUCUUAUACACGUUAUUUGGGACAUUUGGAUAAUUUGGCAUUAAAAUAUUCAUGGGUGAGACGUGAGAAUUUAUCGUGUUCAGUGCAAAAGAGAAAAAUUGAAUUAAUAACAAUUGGAUCAAAUGAAAAAUGUGAUGAGCAUCCACGUAAAGUUGUUGCUGUUUUAUCGAGAGUACAUCCUGGUGAAUCGCCAUCGUCAUUUGUUUGUCAGGGACUUAUGGAUUUUUUAGUUAGCUCACAUCCAAUUGCCAAAGUUCUUCGUGAAUAUGUUAUUUUUAAAAUUAUUCCCAUGCUCAAUCCAGAUGGUGUUUUUCUCGGGAAUUAUAGAUCCACGCUCAUGGGAAUGGAUUUAAAUAGAUCUUGGAAUCGAAUUUCGGGUUGGAUUCAUCCGACAUUGGAGGCAACGCGAUCACUUUUGGAAUCAUUGGACAAGGAUCAUAAAACACCAUUGGAUUGUGUUUUGGAUCUUCACGCUCAUACAAAUGCGACUGGUGUUUUUGUUUAUGGCAAUACUUACGACGAUGUUUACAGGUACGAGAGACACAUUGUCUUACCGAAAUUACUUGCUCAACAUGCCGAGGACUACGAGGCUGGAAAUACGAUGUAUAAUCAGGAUUUGCAUAAAUCCGGAACUGCUCGUCGCUACCUUUGUUCUAUUCUCAGUGAGCAUGUGAAUUGUUAUACAAUUCUCGUCUCAAUGUAUGGAUAUUCACGAAAGGGAACAACUGACAUUUUACCGUACACGGAGGAAGGAUAUUACAGAGUGGGGAGAAAUUUGGCGAGGGUAUUUUUAGAAUAUUACAAGCUAACAGGAUUGAUUCCCUCGAGUUUGCCGGAUAAGCCUUCAGCGAAACGAGGACGUCAAUCUCGACAGAGAUAUCGAGUUCCUCGGGAUCCUCGUCCCAGGACAGCGAGAACUCCAGCGCCUCUGCAUUUCACCAGCAUCCACGAGUACUUCCGUGAAAUGCCUGUAGCGGAGCCGCGUUACCGAUCGAUGAGCGGUACGCGAAUGAACGUCGGCGUGCCGGGAACCGGAAGUGGGGCCGGGAUUGGAACUGGAACGAGUGGCGGCGGUGGCAGAAACCUAAGCUACAGGUUCCGGAGUCCCGGGGCACCGCUCGUCGGCAAAAUAGCCGAGCCGAGACGCUCCACGGAACCAAAGCUCACCAUUAUCGAUUUCAAUCAGCUGACAAAGGGUGGUUUAGACCUGGCUACAGGAAAGAACAGGGCAAAGAUCGUCAGACGAGCCUCACCUCGACGUUUACUUUCCAGACGACCUCGCAGAUAAUUCACAAAGAUUUAUUUAUUAUUUAUUUUACACGUUAGAAUGAAAAAAAAAAAUCACAAUAUUACACACAGUAUGGAAAUUUAUUUCUCUCGCUGAUUUUUUUAAUUCACAAAAAAAAAAAAAAAAUUUUUGCAAUUUACAAAAUAAUUUAAAUGUCAAUUAAAUUAUGCUAAUUUUUAAUUUAAUUAAAAAUCAGAAAGAAAUUCUUUUCCCCCUUGUGUAAUUUUAAAAAAUAUUUUUAUCUCAGAAUUUUUUUAAUAAUUUUUUGAUAUUACAAAUUUUUCUAAAAUAUUGCUCAAAAAUAUUUGCUUAAUCUUCCAGUCAGAUUGAUGAUAUGAGAGGUAAAUUAAGAUAUUUAAUAUUUGAAAAAGAAUUUGAAAGAUUUUCGAUAAAAUCGGAAGAUUAGAGAAUUUUUAUUCCGAGUGCUUCCAAAAGUAAAAAAAAAGAAAAGAAAUUGAAUUAAAUGGGAAGAAAAAUACGAUUUUAGAAUUAGUUUCUUCGUCUGACUAAACACAAUUUUUUCUCCUUCGUGAUUUAAACGCUAUUGCUGAUAGUUUCAAUGUAUAAUUACAUCGAGUAUUAAAAGAUGUGUCAUAGAAUUAUAAUUAACAUAUAUAAAUCAUAAUUAUAAAAAAUAGUAAAAAGUAUUAUCCAAGUUAUAAAAAAUAUUUAAAUAUUAAUUCUACAAAUCUGUUAUGAAUCUUACAAUUAAUAUCUUUAAUGUUCAAUUUUUAAACAUAUUAAUGUUAAUUAAUUCAUUUGAAAAAAUAAUAUAAUUCGAACAAGAAAAAUAUGAAAUUUCUUUCUAAUUUUUUAUUUUCAUUUCAAUUUUUUAAAUAUUAUUUUGAUUUUUAAUACUCUUUACUUUUAGUUUAAAAUUAAUUUUCUU